CACGGGGCGCUUUCACUCACAAAAUGAGUUCAACGACGCACGCAGUCGGGCCAACUCUUUCUGGUGUGCGUUAUUACGUAAACGAAACAGAUAGACGGUGUGAAGUUAGAGCUUAUACAGCACAUUAAUUGCCUGGACAAGGAGAGCAAAAGCCCAACAGUUUGUUCAUAAACGGUGCUAUGGAAUCAAAAUCUAUCAAGGAUACCGAGCGAACCUGCGUUCUAUGCUGCCAGGACCUCGACAUUUUCGCACUGGGUAAAUGCGAUCACCCGGUGUGUUACUGCUGCUCCACCAAGAUGAGGGUCCUCUGCGACCAGAAGUACUGCGCCGUCUGCCGGGAGGAGCUCGACAAGGUGAUUUUUGUCAAGAAACUGGAACCAUUUGCAACAAUACCCUUCCAGCAGUUCCAGUGUGAAAAGAAACAUGAUAUUUAUUUUAGUGAUGGCAAGAUCUAUGCCCAAUUCAGGAGGAUUCUGCAGUCUGAGUGCCCGCAGUGUCCAGAACCAAGAGUUUUUUAUAAAUUUGAGGAGUUGGAACAACAUAUGAGGAAACAGCAUGAGCUUUUUUGCUGUAAAUUAUGUGCAAAACAUCUGAGGAUAUUUACCCAUGAGCGAAAAUGGUACAACAGGAAAGAUUUGGCCCGGCAUCGAACACAAGGGGAUCCAGAUGACACUUCUCACCGUGGUCAUCCCCUCUGUAAAUUCUGUGAUGACCGCUACCUGGACAAUGACGAGCUACUGAAACACCUGCGAAGAGAUCACUAUUUCUGCCAUUUCUGUGACUCUGAUGGAGCUCAGGAAUACUACAGCGAUUAUCAUUACCUUCGUGAACAUUUCCGAGAAAGCCAUUAUCUGUGUGAAGAGGGCAGCUGCAGCACCGAGCAGUUCACCCAUGCCUUUCGGAGUGAAAUAGACUACAAGGCCCACAAGGCUGCUGCCCACAGCAAGAGCCGGGCUGAAGCUCGACAGAACCGGCACAUAGACCUGCAGUUCAGCUACGCAUCCCGGCACCAAAGAAGAAACGACGGUAUUGGGGGGGAUGACUACGAAGAAGUGGAUCGCUUCAACAGACACGGGAGGACAGGAAGAGGAGGGGCCAGGGGCACUCAGCAGAACAGCAGAGGAAGCUGGAGAUACAACAGGGAGGAAGAAGACCGGGAGAUCGCGGCUGCUGUCAGAGCAUCAGUAGCUGCCCGCAGACAGGAGGAGAAGAGACAGCUCCAGGAGCGAGAAAGCCAAAGGCCCCGUAAAGAGGAGACCAUGGACACCGAUGAAGGUCGAAACCACAGGAGCGUCACCAAGCCACUGAGUGAAGCUCUAGGUCCCAAGGAUGUGCUAAGACCCCACAAUCCCAGUGGGCGGCUGCAGAAGGACGAUUUUCCAGCUUUAGGGGCUACUGCAGCCGCACCGCCAACGCCCAUUCCAAGCAUGAUCAAACCAACUCCCGUCAAACUGAAAGAGGAUGAUUUCCCCAGCUUGUCCAGUGCCGCUGUGUCCUCGCCCAUGACUCCAGCCUACACCGCACAAUCACGAAAGCCCUCAUCCUUCCAAGAGGAGGAUUUCCCAGCACUGGUCUCCAAAAUCAGACCUCAGAAGCCUUUGGGAAACACCACCUCUGCCUGGUCCCAGGGCAGCAACAAAAACACACCACAGACACCAAACAUUGUCCCUGCUCCUGCCCCGCCCUCCUUUGCGUCUGCUAACCCCCCUCUGUCCUCUGCUGGCGCUGCCCACCCCAGGAAGAAGUCUGCUGUGGGGGGUGGCAGAAAGGCCCCUCCCAAAAACAGGUCCACCUCAUCAUCUGAGGAGGACGACCCCCAGAUCGGGAAGACCACUCAGGAAAUCCGCAGCGUUCCCACCAUGCUGGACAUUUCAUCCCUGCUGAUGGGGAAGAGCUCAACCCAGCCAGGGCCCAAGGCUGGCAAGAGAAAGAAACAGCCCACCUCCUCCACUCCAGGUAUACCCACCCUCACCGGGGAAACGGUGUCCAGUGUGGCCCAAAAAGAGAACGUUCCAGAAGCUAAGCAACUCCCUGCCAACAUUCCCAAACCUGCAGCCACCUUGAAAACAAAUCAGUUUUUGAAUGGACAUAUAGAUAAGCCGUCAGAGAACAAUACCCCUGCUCUUCCCAAAGAGCCCCCUGGACUGGAGAAGCAGUCUGCCUCUGUGUGCCCACUUCCAGAAGAGGAAGAAUUUCCAGCCUUGAUAUCCAAAAAACCACCUCCAGGAUUCAAAAGUGCAUUUCCGAUGAAGAGUACCCAGAGCAGUGUGCCCUGCCCUCCUCCUGGGUUAGCAGGCUCUUUCAACAAACCACCUCCAGGAUUCACUGGCAUCCCACUGAAUGCCAAUGUGGUGGAACCUGCCGUUCCAGCAGUCAGUGAACCGACGCAGUCACCUGGGACCUACCUCAUACCUGAGAACUUCCAGCAGAGGAAUAUGGAACUCAUACAGUCCAUAAAAAACUUCCUUCAAAAUGAUGAGUCCAAGUUCAAUGAGUUCAAAACCUAUUCAGGCCAAUUUAGACAGGGUGUGAUCUCAGCAGCCCAGUACCACAAGAGCUGUAGGGAUCUGCUGGGAGAGAACUUCAAGAAGGUCUUCAAUGAGCUGCUCGUUCUCCUCCCUGACACAGACAAGCAGCAAGAGCUCCUGGCAGCUCACGGUGACUACAGGGUCCUGGAGAAGCAGAGUGGUAGCAAGCCCAAGAAGAACAAAAAGAAUGCCUGGCAAACAGGCUCCACCAACUGUAACCUGGAGUUAGAAUGCCAGGUCUGUCCCACCUGUAGACAGGUGGUGGCACAGAAGGACUUCAGCGCCCAUAAGACCUUGCACAUAGGGGACGAUGACUUUCCCUCCCUGCAGUCCAUCAGCAAAAUUAUCAGCUAGCCCAUAGCCACACUGAUUCCUGCUAGGGGCCAGGUCUGCCUGUGGGAUAGGAACAAGCACUUUUUCAGGGUAAAUAGUGCCAGAGAAGAGAUCUCUGAAAUCAGUGGUAAAGAGUGCUUCUGAAAGUGAGGGUGUAUGUGGUGUGUGUGACGGAGCUUGGGCAGAAGUAGCUUUUCUGAAAUGUGGCUGAUCAAUUAAAGAAUAACAAUGCAAACAAACCUGACUGCAGAGGUUGUCACAGCUGCUUCAAGUAGGUUCUAGUAAUUUUUUUAGGAGAGCUGGAAGGUUUCAGGUUUUAAAAGGAGUUAUUUACUUGAAGGUGUUAAGUUGUCACAAUUAUUAUUAUUUUUUUCCGCUCCCCUGUUUGAAGCCUGGACAUCUUUGCAUAUUUGAUUUAGAACCUGAAUCUUGUAAAUUUGCUUGUAAAAAGGAAAUCGUUAUUCAAUAUCUUUUCAUAUUUAAUACUCAUUGCAAGUCUGGUGCAACAAACAUGAUUUAAUGCUGAAAGCUAGGCUUUUAGGAAUCAAUAAUCCAGUUUCUUUAAUUAAGUUCAUUUCUUUUUACAAUCAUCAGUUAUUUCUUACCAAUGCUCUUUACAAUGCGAGUAGAUGACACAAUUCUGUAAUGUUACAUAAAAAAUUCAGUAUUAGAAAGAUGUUAGAGUAAAUGUUGAACUUAAUUUAAAAUAAGAAAAUUUGAAGUCAGUUAAAAGUAUAUGUUUCAGUUUACCUUUUUCCUUUUUGAUUCAUGUAACUUACCCAGUUUCAAAAUGGGUAUGUAUGCAUCCAAUACUGGGUCUGCAAACUGGUUUCUGCUAAAUGGAUGGACUUGAGCAAAUUAAAAAAAGGCCAGACUGCUGGAUUACAUCUUUGUGCAAGUGAUUCUUAAACCAUAUGGGAAGCUGUCAGUCCUGUCUUUGAAAUCUUACUUUCCAGAACUCAUUAUUUUCCUUAUAGCCUCAACACUAAUAACAGUAAAAAUCUCACAUAUGAUGAAGUCAUAACUAUAAAGUUAUUAGUGUUACUAUCAGGAAGUAGGAUACUCUCCGCAUUAGGCUUUAUUACAUUUCUAUUUCUUUUAGAAAAUCAAAGUGCGGCUUUAAACUACUGGCAGUGAUGCUCUUUACAUCUGGGAAAUGUGUGUAGUACUGCAAAUAAUCAAAAUGGUUGCCAGUUUGUGCCCAUUGUUCUCUGGUCCCAGUUCAGCUUAGCCAGUUACAUUCAACUCUUUGCAGAUUUAAAAGUAUAAUUAGGAUUGUUUGGGGGGGGGGGGGGCGGGGAGUUCCAUAUCUUAAAUUCAGAUGGUUAUAUUGUUAGCCUGGUCCUAAGCCCUGCAGUAGACACCAAAGCCUAUGGUUUGUAGAGCAUUUCAGCUAUGUUGACUCGGAAUUGUAAGUUGUAACUUUGUAUUGACUGAAUCAGUUGGUUAUGAGGUCUAUUGUGUGGCAUCAUUCCAAAAACAAGGUUUAGCUAACAGUAAAAUCUGUUAUUUGAUCCAAUUGGGAGUGGCAGAAAAAGUUCUCUAAUUCUCUAAUCAAGUUUUUUUUAAUACUUUGACAUAUUGUGAAGUAUUCAAAUCUGUUCAGUUCGUCAUACAGUGGGGUUUGCUGCUUUUCACACACAUUUACACAGUUUUUCCCCAUUUUCAGAAACUUUCAGGUUCAUUUUCCCGAUUUCCACUGAAACUGCUUAGAUGAAGCAAAACCAACCAUUUGUAUUUUGUAAAGAGGAGUUCCAAUAAAAAGUGGUUACAUCAUUA